UGACCUGAACUGUUUUUGAAUGUAAAAUGUGGUUUUCUUUACAGUGGUUUAAAAAUAAUUCCUGUCAAUAUAUUUUAAAGGGUGUGAGAAGUUACUGUUCUUUUGAUUUCAGGUUGGUCCUUUCAUAGAAAAGGAAUCAUAAUUUUUCAGUUUAAAAAGCCAUACAGAACCUCUUUCUCUAAUUCAGUGCUGUCCAGUAAGUGUUUUUGUGAUGAUGGAACUGUGGAACUGUCCUAAGAUCAGUGUUUUCCGAGAUGGUAGCCAGUCACUAGUCAUGUUUGAUUACUGAGCACUUAGAAUGUGGCUAGUGUGACAAAGGAAGUGAAGUUUUAAUUUAAAAAAUAAAUUUAGUACUCUGCUGGACAGUGCAGUUCCUGAGAUGAAAAUAUUUUUCUUUUCAUACUCAAAUUCCAUUUUCCCACACCAAAAUGCUGUAUUUGAUUCACAAAUUUGUACAUGCGUUUUGCUUUCUCCUUAAUAGAUCGUACUUGAGCUUAAUGAUAGUUUUCCUUUUAAAUUAUUUUUCUCAGGAGCCCAAAAUGCCUUUUUCAACAAAAUACAUUACCACUUUAACAACUUUUCGAUAUCCUACUUUUCUUGUUCCCUAUUUUUCCAGUUUUAGAUUGAUAUCAGCAGAAAUUUCAACCCUUCCAUUAUUAACUGUAGCCCUCCUUUUCCUCAUAUCUUUGUAGCAUCUUUUUUUUUUCUUUGUAGCAUCUUAGUCUUUGUGUUUCUUGAAUAGAGCUCAAUUUGGAUGAUGUGGCAUUUUCCACCUCUGAGCUCUUGAUGGCUUUGCUAUUUUUUCCAGGUUUAAUCAAAGUGAAGUUGCUUGAGUAUCCAGCAUAAAUGGGUGAUGAUACAGAGUAAUUCCAUAUGCUGCCCUUUAUAAAAGUUAUUUUCCAAAUAUGGUAUAUAGCCAUAUAACUUGGGUGCUUUUUUUAAAUUUUUUUAUUUUUUUUUAUUUUUUUUUAUUUAUGAUAGUCACACACAGAGAGAGAAAGAGAGGCAGAGACACAGGCAGAGGGAGAAGCAGGCUCCAUGCACCGGGAGCCCGAUGUGGGAUUCGAUCCCGGGUCUCCAGGAUCGCGCCCUGGGCCAAAGGCAGGCGCCAAACCGCUGCGCCACCCAGGGAUCCCUCUUGGGUGCUUUUUUAGUCACAAUAUGAAUAGUAUAUUUUUUUCCUGUUCCUGCACUAUUUAAAAAAAAAAAAUUUUUUUUAAGUUUUAUUUAUUUACUUUAGAGGGGGAGGGACAGAGGGAGAAGAGACUGUUAGCAGUCUCCACACUUGGGUGUGGAGCCCCACAUGAGGAUUGUGGCUCUCCCUCACGGUCCUGAGAUCAUGACCUAUCUGAAACCGAGGGUCAGAUGCUUAAUCCACCGUGCCACCCAGGUGUCCAAGGUCCUACUCUUAAAAUAUUGGAACUCAUUAUUUUAUUUGAUUUACAUUAACAAAAACAGCACCUGUUUUUGAGAUCUUAGAUAAAAAGCUGCUUGUUAUAGUUGAUUUCCAUCUUCCUCGGCUCUAUUCUCUCUCACUUUUAUCCCCUUGCAUUGAUGUCUUUAAUGCAUUUGCUUUAGUCACCACGUUUGUGAAGACAUUUCAUUGUUUUUGUAACCAACCUAGAAUAUGUGGUGAUCUUCUAGUUUUGAACUUAAAGAUUUAUAUUAACAGUCUAGAAAUAUUUUAUCCUAGGAUUCUUUUCCAGAAUAAUGUGUCAGCUGAUGUUGAUCUUUAUUUACUGUCUUAGAGCAAAUUGUUUCGUUUUAUUUUUCUUGCUUUGAGGACUUCAAAAUACUGAUGCUGGUAACUAUGUGAGGUGAUGGAUAUGUUAUUCACUUGAUUGUGGUGACUAUUUUACAGUGUAUGCAUAUGUUAAAUUGUAUACCUUAAAUAAAUAGUUUAUAAUUGUCAAUUAUAACUUAAUAAAGCUGUAAGAAAAUACUGAUACAAUUUAAGUCUCCCUUCUCUAUUGAUUUUAUUUCAAGGAGCUUCUCUUCCCUUAUUUAUCGGAGUUGCUAAGAUCCUCCUCAUUUCUUUCUUUGCUCUUUACAGAAGACAAAAACAGUAGCGCUUGUCUUUUUCCUUUUGCUUAAAUCUGUUUUUUAAUUUCCCAAAUCUCAGUUCUGCAGCUAUAUGUUGGAUUCUCUUUUCCAUAAGUUAUUGAUGGAUUCUUUUUUCAUAGUGCUUUUCUUUUUCUACUGGGCGAAGUUCCUGAGUGACUACAGCAUCUACCUACAGUUCUGUUUUUCCCUUUUCUCACAGGUUGAAUUACUAUCAUCGUCAUAGUAUGCUCUUUAAACACAACUGAACUUUCUUCAUCAUCAAGUUUUUUUUUUUUUUUUAAUUUAUUUAUUUAUGAUAGUCACACAGAGAGAGAGAGAGGCAGAGAUUUAGGCAGAGGGAGAAGCAGGCUCCAUGCACCGGGAGCCCGAUAUGGGAUUCGAUCCCGGGUCUCCAGGAUCGCGCCCUGGGCCAAAGGCAGGCGCCAAACCGCUGCGCCACCCAGGGAUCCCUUCAUCAUCAAGUUUAACACGUGUGGUCAGAAUGGGAAGUAAGAACAAGAUUGCAAAAUGUCCUAUAAGAACAAAACAGACUGGAUACAUUCUAAAAUCAACACAAAAUACUUGUAUCAGGAGUGGAAAACUUUUGCAAAAGAAGAGAAUGGGUUCAGAAACUUCACUGGCAAAAGGUGAAAAAAGUAGCAUGAUUUUUUCACCCACUAAGGAUUUAUGCAAGCAGUAUGUAGAUAAAGACUGUCUUUAUGUCCAGAAAGAGAUUUCACCUGCAACCCCCACUACACAGAAGACUAGAAACACCAUAAAUACCUCUGUAGUAGCUAAGCAGAAGCAUUGCAAAAAGCACUUCACAGCUGAAAAUACGAAGAGCGGUUUGGUGUGUCUAACACAAGACCAACUACAACAGAUUUUAAUGACUAUGAACCAAGGAAAUAAGUCUAUUUCCGCGAUUGAAAAUGGAAAGGAGGAAACAAGUCAAGACAGUCUACAUUUAAACAAUACUUCCAAUCAGUCAAAGGAUGAGAACAUAAUGGGAGUAUUCCAAAAAACUGAGGCUCUUUCAUCUGUCCUGGAUGAAAAUAAAUCCACUUUAAAUAAAAAUCAAGAGACAUCUAAGCAGUAUGAGCAGAAAAUUGCCAUAGAGAAUGUAUGGAAACCAGCUGACAUAUUCAGUACUCUGGGGGAAAGAGAACGUGAUAGAAGUUUGUUGGAAGCAAAAAAAGCCCAGUGGAAGAAAGAGCUUGAUGAACAGGUUGCUUUAAAGAAGAAAGAAAAAGAAGCUUCUGAAAAAUGGAACAAUCCUUGGAAAAAAUUUGAAAGUGAUAAAAUAGUGUGGGAAAAAUUUCAAACUCUUGGCCAGUCUAAGACUUGUCUUAGCUCUUCCAACAUUCUGUCACAGUCUCCCAGUCAGAUAACAGUGGUCCAGGCUGAUGAGUACCCACUACGUAGAGCCAGUCAGAUUUUAGAGGAAACAGUACCACUGGAGCGCCCUUUGAGUACUGUGAAACAAGAACAGCCGAGAAAAUGGAUUGAAGAUUUGAACAAGCAAAUAGAAGAUGAUCAGCAAAGAAAAAUAGAGGAAAAAAUUACAUCUUCAAAGGGUGAGGAACAUGACAGAUGGGCAAUGCAUUUUGAUUCAUUAAAGAACUAUCCUGCUUCUCAGUCUCAACUGUCCUCUCGGUCAAUACACAACCAACCAGAGUACUUCUGUGUCUCUCCGGACACUCAGGAACUGUCUGAUAUCAGCAAUGUUUAUACACCAACGACUGGAAGCCAGGUUGAACCUUCAGAGGAGGAGCAUAUAGCAAAACCCGUUAGAGAUAUGGCUAUGGCAAAUAGUCAGAAAACAAACUUUCUCCGUUCUAUGACUGCUCUCCUGGAUCCAGCUCAGAUUGAAGAACGUGACAGGCGACGACAGAAACAGUUAGAACAUCAGAAAGCCAUCACUGCUCAGGUAGAAGAGAAACGCAGGAAGAAGCAACUGGAAGAACAGCAAAGAAAGAAGGAAGAACAAGAAGAGGAGCGUCGCUUAGCGAGGGAACGAGAAGAGAUGCAGAAACAGUAUGAAGAAGACAUACUUAAGCAAAAACAAAAGGAAGAAAUCAUGACUCUCAAGACAAAUGAAUUGUUCCAGACAAUGCAGAGAGCACAGGAGCUAGCACAGAGACUGAAACAAGAACAGAGAAUACGAGAAUUGGCUCAGAAGGGACAUGAUACAUCUGGAUUGAUUAAAAAUCUUGGUGGAUAUGGCUUGGAUGAUGUCAGUGGUAAAAUGAAUACAUGUAUUAAUUCUACAACCUCUCCCAAAAAGGAUACUGCUGUACAAACAGAUGACUUAAAUACAGGAAUGUUCACCAUUGCAGAAUCAUGCUGUGGAUCAAUAAUAGAGAGGGAAAUUCUAAAUUGCUCAUCUCCUGAGAUUCCUGCAGAAUUUAAUGACCAGUUUAAUAAAGACAAACAGGAACUAAUCAAUCAGGAUAAAGCAGCCAACUUAGAAAAAGAAAACAGUUGGUAUAAUGAUCAGUAUGAGUUUGCAAGGACAGAGAAAAAACAUAUGAAGAAGUGUCCUAAAAGGCCUGAUUGGAAUAUAAAUAAGCCACUCAAAAGGUAUAUUCCGGCAUCAGAAAAGUACCCUAAACAGCUUCAAAAGCAGAGAGAAGAAAAAAAAGUAAGAAGGCAGAUGGAACUGCUUAAUUUGGUAGAAAGAAAUAAUCCUGGACAUCUCUCUCAAAAUAGAGGGACUUCACCAGUUCUUCCUUCAUCUCAAGAAGCUGAGGCAAGGUUCAGGUGGCAUCUAAUCAGAAAGGAGGAACCUCUGAAAAGUGAUUCUUUCAGCAAGGAAAGGUCUCAGUCACCACUGGUACUGGUGAAAAACAGAACACAACAAACUCAGACACUAAAAAACAGAGAGAAUCUGAUCUUAGGACAGAAACAUCAGACAGAAACAUCACCUGGAGCUUCUGAACCAUCCCAUUUUAUCCCCUAUGUCCGAACCAAUGAGAUUUAUCAUCUUGAUCCAGAUGCACCACUGUCCAGGCCUUUAACCCAGGAUCUUCAGUACCAAAAUCCACAUGACUGUGACCAAGAACAAUGGCAGCUAUUUGAAUCUGAUGUCAGGGACCCACUUCUCAAUCCUAACUUGGUGAAAAACAGGGAUCGACAGCAAGCAAUCCUUAAGGGACUAUCAGAACUGAGACAGGGCCUUCUCCAGAAGCAAAGGGAGUUGGAAACUAAUCUCAUGCCUUUAGCUGCAAAUCAAGAAGAGAAUUUUAAUUCUUCGUUUUAAAUGUAGAAAAUCAAAUCCUUCACAUUUGUUGCUUCUAAAUUAUGUGUUCAUUGCAUAACUGUAUUUUCCAAAUAACCUAUAUUUUAAAAAUGCUAUUUAAAACUUGUACAUUAUAUAGUACAAUGCUGUGUGUGUGUAUAUAUAUAUAUUUUUACAAUAAAACACAUUUUUGUAAAGCUUAGUUUAAAAAACCAUUUUUUUCUGCUCUAUCACAAUCUAGGCAUUUAAGCACUUUCUACUUACCUUAAGACAGGUUUCUGACCUGUUCACAAUGUUCUUCUACACUUACAUAGCUUAUUACUGAAGUACCACUUAGGUAUAGUCUAUAAAAAGAUUUAAGAGGUUAGAACUCUUCCAAGUUCUCUGAGGGGCCAAAGGAAGGUCUGACUUAACACAUCCUAACAUUAACUAAAAUAGCUCAAGAUUUCUUUAAGACUCUUCAAAAACAAGUUUGCAUUUGUAAUGCAGGCAGUUAUUAGCAAUAGAUAAAGUAUAUGGGGAUCAAUUUUAAAACCAGUAUCUGAAUUUUAAACGUUAUUUUUAGUAAAGGACUUAAGUGUUUACCACCUCAAAAAUAUACUUUUUUCUAGGACUACCAAUUUAAAAAUCUAUAGCAAGGUUCAAUGCCUUUAAUAAACAGAAGAAGUCUAUCUUUUGGAAAUAUGAAUUUGGUUAAGUCAAAGACCACACACUAAUUAAGCAUUGAAAACCAUAAUGAUCAAAAUACCUCAAAUAAAAGGAAAGGUUUACCCAAAAUUUUAGCAGCAGGCAAUUUUUACACGGCUAAGUCUAAAGAUAAAAAAUAAUGCUGCCUGGUAUAAGUCCUAAGUCUUAUGUACAUAGAUAAAUUUUGAGGUAUUGAGCCCAAAUCCUCUAAGUAUCUAUUGACAUCACUGGCUUAUACCUGUAUAAAAAACUAUACAAACGCUUAAAAUAAAUACAACAGUUGAUUGGUACAUCAUUUCAGCAAA